GGAAAUAGUUACUUCUCCAAGCUUGAUUAUUCCUGAAGUUCUUAAGAAAGAUAAUUAUGAAAGAUGGAGCAUUUUAAUGCAACACUAUUUAGAGCUUCAAAAUCUUUGGGAGGUUGUUCAAUCAGGCAAGAUGCCUCAAGGAGGAAACAGGGAGGUGUGGAUUAAAAAGAAUGCUUUAGCUCUAUAUGCCAUUAGGAUUUCUUGUGGAACAGAAGCAUUUGAUCAAAUAAAGAAGAUUCGUUCUGCCAAACGUGCUUGGGAUGCAUUGGCUGUUAUGCUGAAACCCCCAGUUGUCCAAGUUUUCACUCGUGACAUUUAUUGUCUCCACCAAGGAACGCAAACAGGGGAACAAGAGACCUUGCGUCAGUUCAUUUGCGAUGGGGAUAUUUCAAGUGUAAAGCAGUUCUUACGUGACAUUCGAGAUCCAAGACCUCCAGAAAUGUUAGAAUUUGCACUUCAAGUUGCAAUUACUUAUGGCCAUAAGAAUAUGGCACGCUACCUCUAUAGGGACAUUCAACAAGAUUUGCUACAGGAAGACCGUGCAUUCAUCCUCCUCCAAGAGUGUAUAACUAAAAAAAUGUUUGAUAUUGCAUUAGAUCUACUCCACAGUUUUCCAGAGUUAGCAUUUAGCUGCCCUUCGGGUUCCACUCCAAUCAUUUUAACACUUGCGCAAACACCACCUCCAUUCUUAAGACUAAAUGAGCUUGGUUUUUGGGGACGCUGGAUAUAUAAUUGUACACGAGUGAAGGUAUACUCCAUCAAACCAAGAAGCGAUCCAGCUAGUGGUGUUGGCGUCUUUCAAGAUCUGCGAAGGAAAUGCAUAUUGGCACUAUACAAAUUUCAUCUAGUAGGCGUGCUGAUUGGACCGCUAUGUUGGUUACCUGCACUAUUGAAUGAAAAUGGCUCGCCUAUUGUAUUGUCUCUAUUGUCUGCAUUGUUAAUUGCUGCACUACUCAAUCUAGAUCUAGCAGGUGUAUGGAUUGCGGGGCUUAUAGUGUACCAACAAUGGAUUUAGCUUACCAAGUGGCUACAUCCGGCAUACUGAUUGGAGUGAUCAUAUUGUUUCUUGGUAAGCCAUAGGAUCCACCCACUCUAGCUAUUAGCUUUAUAUAUAUAUAUUGCUCCGUCAGCCAAUAGACAUACUGUUUGGAGUGUGUGCUUUCACUUCUCUUAUGGUUUUUUUAUUGCCCUCCUAAUACAAGAGAUUUUUUUUU